CUCCACCUUUUCUUUUUCCUCUCUUCUCUCCCGCUUCUUUCUCUCGUCUCUCUCAAGGUCUGCUCUCUCUCUCUCUCUAUGGUCUCUCUUCUCUGUUUUCAUACAGGAAUCGUGGUGAAGCAUAAGACCUUAACGUAUUAGCAGAUCCGGCUACCUCUGUGUUUUUCAGUGAGUUGGAUCUGAAGUUGUUUGAUCCAUGUGUUUCUUGAUUGGGGUUUCUAGGCUUGGGAGGGACAUGACAUGAUCCAUGUCUGCUAUAUCACACUCUCCAGGGCUUUGUAAGAAUUUUGGAGCGUUAGCAUUGGGAAGGUUAUUGAAAUCACGAUUGAACUUUCCUCACAAGUGUCCAAUUAGGCAGAUACGAAUGGCAAAUACCCACAAUUCUAUCCUAAAUGGUGGUGACAGUGAGUCAAGAGGUGCCUUGAUUGUUCUAGAAGGCUUGGAUCGUAGUGGGAAGACUUCACAGUCUAGUAGACUACUCACAUACUUGGAGGGACUGGGGCAUUCAGCUGAAUUAUGGCGAUUUCCUGACAGAAAUACAAAUGUUGGGCAAAUGAUAUCUUCAUACCUUUCCAACAAAUCACAAUUGGAUGAUCACACUAUCCAUCUUCUCUUUAGCGCUAAUCGUUGGGAGAAGAGAUCAUUGAUGGAAACUAAACUGAAGGCUGGAACCAUCCUCAUUGUCGACCGUUAUUCUUAUUCUGGGGUGGCUUUCUCGUCUGCCAAAGGACUUGACAUUGAAUGGUGUAAGGCACCUGAGAUUGGGUUGCUGGCUCCAGAUCUGGUAGUUUACCUUGACAUACAGCCAGAGAAAGCUGCUGAGAGAGGAGGAUAUGGAGCUGAGAGAUAUGAGCAGCUCGAGUUCCAGAGGAAAGUUGCACAAUGCUAUCAGGUUCUCCAUGAUCCCUCCUGGAAGAUAAUUGAUGCCUGCCAACCCGUUGAAGAUAUCGAGAAACACCUGCAAGAGAUUGUACUGGAUUGUGUCAAGACAUGCCAGAACGGCAAACCUCUUUCCUACCUCUGGUCAAGUUAAUUCUUCCUUUCUUUUUUGUGAUUUUUUUCCCUUUCCUGUGUAAAGGGAUUCUGCAUAUGUAUCUCUGCAGAUUUGUUCAACUAGUUUUUAAAAUCUUCUUGGUGUUUUUAUUCAGUUUCAGGCCUCGUCUUCUAACAAACUGAGGCCUAUGAAUUUAUUAAUGGUUGCGAUAAAUUAAACCAA